AUUUGAUUGGUCCACUAAAAACUGUUCGAUAUAAACGCAUUAUUUUGUGCUUCACGGUGCCUCAAUGUUUAGAUGACGUUUUUGUUCGUACUUCGUAUAGGCUACAUGUAUUCAUUAAUUAAUUAAAGACGUUUUGAUAUGUAUCGUGUGUUAAUAUGCUUAUUGUAUAUAUUAAAAUAUUUCUUGUUCUUUGUUAUUAUGCUGACCUUUAUUCGUAUAUAAUGUCAAACACAAAGAUGGAUUCAACAUGGUAGCUUGACACUUUAUUAUUAGUCUAGCCGGUGGAUAACAAAAAAGAAAGAAGAUGUCGCUGCUGAUGGUCAAGACCAAGAACCUGUCCUGGCAGGACCACACUCUCAACAUUGAGGUCAUGAUCUCCCCCCAAGGCUCUACACUCCUCAUGAACAAACACAAAGCACUGGAUGCAAAGUUUGACAAAGAAAAAUCCAUCUUUGAGAAACAGCGCGCAGCUCGCCUAAAAGACUUUCUUAUCGAGCGAAGAUUCAUCCAACGUCAGAGGAUGAAGCUGAUGAGGCGAAGCCUCGAACUGGCAGAAGAACGAGCUCAAUCAGCUCGGAUUAUUCUAGAAAAAUCAUAUUCUGAACAAAACGACUAUCGCUCUAGUUCAGCCCCUGUCAACCCUAAACGAAACGGGAUAUCAAGUGUUGCAGGAUCGGGAAUAAUUCCUAUACCAUUUCCCAGAAUCCCACUUAAAAGUGCAACACUAUUUGCUGCAACUUUACACCAAACGAAUGUUUACCUAGAUUCGGAUUCUGAAGAAGAUGCAGACACAAUAUUUGCACAAACUAAAGCGGCUCCCAAUAAACCAGACAGUGAGAUCUCUGCUGGCGGAGUCUUUUUGACCGCAGCAAAGAUAAAGCCAAUAAUAUUGACCUCACAACUUCAGCAGCCUAGUCUUCAAAAUCUGCGAGUACAAGACGAAGUGAUCAGUUCUGAUACUGCCACCAGAUUAACUGUGCAGCCUAGUCCUAGGGUGAUGAAAUCUCCUAGCAUACGAUUUUCUGAUUUGACUGAACUUCAAGAACCAAUUAUUGAAGUGGAUAUCAAGAAAAAAUCUCUGGAGGAAAAGGUCAAAGGUUUUCUGAAAGACCAAAUCGACUUUAAUGUUCGACCUCCAUCUUUGGUUAUUUCAAAAGCAGGUAGAUCCAGUAAAACGCCGCCUCUGGUAGCCCAGCGAUAUACGACUCUGACAUUUGACCCUAAAGUUGUAGAGAAAUCUUUUGACCAGUACUGCAAACACAGAACGUACGAAGAUCUAACCAAGACGAUGAAACUGGCUGCUAAGAUGAAAUGUCAUGUCAAACAGGCCAGAAACACGAGUCUCAUCCCGUCUAUAGCCACGUUCAAAUCAACGAAAAGUUUUUUGAGACUGCUGAAACAAAAGAAAAGAAACGAAAGUGAAAGUACACCGGAAGCUGAGCAGAUUGCAAAUAAUUAAAUUAUUUUCAAAUUUUAUUCUGAUUUAAAUUUUAAAAUGAUUUUUAAACCUAAUUUACAAUGAUAUUUACCAACCAAUACAGCGUUUGGCUUAAAUUAUGAAAAGAAAACAAGUUUGUAUAUAGCAGCUAUUUAUGAUUUAUUAAUUAAGCGUGUACAUAUAAAUGUCUAU